AUGAAGGACGUCCAGCGUCAACGUGACGCCGUACUCAAAGCCCUUACCGCACCGGGGCAGGCCCGUGUUCUUCGCCGGCUACGAACCGGUGCUCAGCGCGAGCGUGACGCCGCACUCGAAGCCCUUGCAGCACCAGGACAGGCCCAUGAUGUUCUUCGCCGGUUGCAAAGCGGUGAAAAGCUUGACAGUAUAUACGAUCAUUUCGAAAUGUAUGGCUCGGCAUCUCCCACUACCAGCCAAUUGUCAGACACUUCGAACCAGCUUCAAAACAUCAACGAAGAGGCAUCUUUGACCCCCACUCAGAUGACUAUCGACUCUCCGCGGACACUAAGCCAUACCAACUCGGCAGUUCCCGAGGGUCCAGAAACCAGUCAUAUCCAUAGUGCCGUAAAAGGCCAGGACUCAGUCUCGAACUGCGCAGAAGAUGAGCCAGAUAGAUUGGUACCACAUCUGCAAACGCCUACUCUCAGCAACGCCACACUCACAAACGGCAUCGAUGCGCAUCCUGACGCGGAUCGCAUGCCGGAGGUGCCCUUAGGGAUGUUUAUGGAACAGAACACUCCGAUGAUCUUUCCUAACCCUUAUUGCCCUGAUCGAGCCUACCCCACAGACAGUAUCGGCAACAUAUUCUGGUGGCAUUCAGACAUUUCUGACCCUAUGCAACCAAACUAUGGUGCGCCUCCUUCCACAGAUCCCUAUGUAGGUCCCUACCAGCAGUUCACAGCACCCUAUAUCCCAAGCCAAGGGCAAGACAGUUAUCCACAGCCGAUCUCAACACUUCCACCCGUUCCUGACAAGUCGCCUCCAAUAUCCCGUUCCUCAUCUCAAGAGAGGCCGCACUAUAGCGCAGCUUCAAGCACCACCACCACCACGAUAGGCGAAAGCCGAUACCCGACCCCGCCACCCACGAAGAAACGAAAGCUCCCGACCAGAGACAACGUUUCCUCAACCACCUCUGGUACGGGAAGCCGUAGUAGAAGCAACACUUUUGUCCCGGAAGAGAAAACAGCCAACAAGAAGCCCUCGAACCAACAACACUCAUCCCGCGAGCGCGAGCGUCACAGGCGGGCCUCAGCCCGCAACUGGCAGAGACAGAAGCAACAGACGGCAGAACUCGAAGCAGUGAUGAAAUUCGCCGAAUCUCGUAACCGCGAGCUCCACCGCGAAUAUGCCGAAGUGUUAAGACAGGUCGUGGAUGUCAAGAACGCCCUCAUGGACCACGCUAAGUGCAACAAUCCGGGGAUAAACAGCUGGCUGCAUAGCCAGGCAACCAACAUCCACUUCACAACUGCUGUGAACCUGAUUGUCGUUUCCUGA